GAAUUUCCUUUCUAGUCACAUUUCAAUUCCUUCAACGUUCAGUACUUACAAGCAAUCUAUAACUUUAUGAAUAAAAAAUCGUAUAUUUGCAUAGUUGCAAUUAAUUAGUUAAACCAAUUUUGCCUAUUCUUUACUACAGCUAUCACGAAAUAACAAAAAUGAGUUUCGUAGAUCUUGCGACUUUGGCAAUGCACCGACGGCAUGAGAUGGAAGUCAGAAUCAAUGUUUUUGUUGAUAAAUGUGACCAUGCGAUACAAAAUAUAAAAAAUCUAAAAAUGCAGGCUCAAGGCUUUGUAGGAACCCUUAACUGUGAUCCUGCAGAACUAAAAGAUCGGUUUUUAAGCUGUAUGAAACAGUUAGAUGAAUAUACAUAUCUCCUAACAGACUUUAAUCUUGCGAUAAGUAAACUUGAUACAACAAAUACUAGCAAUUACACCCCAGUGCAUGAUGUCUCAAACCAUUCUCAAUUACCUCAACCACAUGUUGGCACAUUUAAUUUAAUAGAUGCAUUGAGUGAACCAACACCUUCAACGUCUAAAGAUCACACAGUGUCAUGUUGUAAUCAAUAUCCAUCAGAAAAACCGCAUCGUAAGAAAAUACCAAAGGAGGAUCAGCUUUUAAUAGCAUUCUCAAGUUCGUCAUGUUCAUCGGAAAGUGUUCCAAUGACCAGAAGUGAGAACAGAAGUGAGAAGGAAGUGCAAUGUCAAAUAACAGAAGAAACAAAGAGACUUACCUUGGAUGACUCAGGCCCGGCUUUUGAUGACUGCAAGUUGCCAGCACAGGCCUUACUCCAAAUUGAUAAUGUGUAUUCGGCAACAAUCAUGCAUGUAGAUGAUGUAUCUUUCUGGGUUAUAGCCGAUGACGUUGAUGAUGUGUGCAAACUGAUGAUACAAAUGACGAGCUAUUACAAGGAGAAUACGAUAGAAAUGAACUUAGACGAGCUGAUGUCGCUCACAUACUGCACGUACUAUGCGCACGACAGUGACUGCUAUUACCGAGGGCUCUUUAUAAGACUCAGUGACGAGGAUAUGAGUAUCGCGGAGGUGUUCCUGGUGGACACGGGCGAGACGAGAAGCGCCCCCAUCUCCACGAUACAGCCGCUCGCUCCGAGGUUCUGCAAGAAGCCACCCUUCGCGCGGUGCUGCCAUCUAGCGGGGGUAGAUUUACUGGGCUACCGGAGCAAAGAAUUGUUGGAGAAACAGGAGGUGUACAUUAAGGGCUUCAUGGGGAAGCCAUGCAGUAUCAAAAUAGAUGACAAUUCAUCGGAAUCUCUGGACGUCUAUGUGAUCUUUCCUUCGGGCGAGACGCUCAAUGACUUGCUAGUGGAAGAAGGACUGGCGUUAAGAAUUGACAAAUCAAACGUCUCAACCGAGGUGUCAGCGGGAGCUAGAUGUGUCUCAGAAUUAAAAGAUGAAAACUUCGACAUCACGCAGUGUCCAGAAUAUGAUAACCCAUUGGUGGCAGUCACGGGAUACCACAAUCGAGACGAAAUGGACAUCUGCAAACAUUACAAGGGCGGACCGGAGAAGACUUGCUUUAAAGGAGCGCGCUGUACGAAGAGGCACGUCUUGAAACAUCCAGACGGCUGGACGCUAGACCAGGUGCCGGUGGCGGCGAAGUGCAAGCCGCUGCCGCUGCCGGCGCCCGGCUCGUGGCUGCGCGUCUACGUCACGCACGUCGCGCACUUCAACCGCUUCUACGUGCACUUCCUGACGGAUAAGAAAUCUGGAAAUGAAGCAGUCCCAAGCUUCGGAGUGGUCCUCCCGCCUACUAACCUGGAAGCUUUAAUUCUUGACAUGAACUCUCCGGCCACUAGAAUGAUGUAUAAGCCUCUAAAGAUGAUCCCAGCGCCGGGCGAGUUGGUGGCGGCGUUGUACCCGCUGGACGAGCAGUGGUACCGGGCGAGGGUCGUGUCCUCCACUCGCGCCGACCAGAACGUAGAGGUAAUUUACAUAGACUACGGCAACGUGGUGUGGGUGAAGGAGGACGCGAUCCGCGAGCUGGAGCCGCGCUUCUGGUCGCUGGAGGCGCAGGCCGGCCGCUGCGCGCUCGCCGGCGUGGUGGCGCGGACGGCCAACUCGCGCCACUGGGCCGCCGCCAAGGCCGCGCUCUCCGCGCUCAUACAGGAGCGCAGGGUGCAGGCGCACGUCGUGGCGAGAGAUUAUGAUGAGGUUACCGUGGAACUAUUCGACGAGAACGGUUUUAGCAUAGCUGAGCAACUAGCGGCCGGGGAACUGGUGAACUUGACGGAAUACUCAGUGGUGGACGACACGGAUGUCAAACAAAAGCUAGUGUUGCCAUAACUUGCAAUUGUUAAACAGUAAGAAACUUGUGAUUUAGUUAAAUAAGCCGAAGAGAAUUAUUUUAAAUAAAAAUGAAUAUUUGUUUAUAUUUUAUCUGUACAUACUCUACGCAGGAUUUAUAUCGAUUGGUAUAUUUUUUUUAUUUCAUAAAUACAUUCUUAUUAUUCCUAUAGUUAACAAAAAAGGUUAACUUCCAUUAAACUUAUAUUUAAUGUGUUUACAGUUUGAUUUGAAAAUGUUAUUGUUAACCAUUUCUGUUAUUUAACUUCUUGGUUUGAUACUCGAAAUCGAAUCCUAAAGGAUGUAAUAGAAAAGUAACCAAUAAGGUUAUAAUAGAUAAAAUAUUUUUUAAGGAUAUAAGAUAUUUACUGUGAUAGAGUGGUUAAGUGAUUUUGGUAAAAGAUGUCUAUAAAU